AUGGCAGAGUCAUGUUAUAAUUUUAAGGAUGUGUAUACAGAAUUUAAUAAGAUCAAUGGCUACUUUAGUGAGAUUGAAACAUCAUUUGGACCAAUAAUUCUAUCAGUUAAAGGACCAAUCCACAAGUAUUGUCAUUACAAUAGGACCUCAAAUAGUAAUAAAUGUCUUGAUUAUUUUGAAAUGGCUAGUUCUGGUGUUAUUCAUUUGUUAGAAACGUUAAAGGACAAAUUUGAUUCAAAAUAUGAUAAACUUGCCGAAUACGCUAUUUUAUGGUUAAGUUAUAAACUAAGUAUAAAGCCAAAAAAUAAAAUGACCGAUUUAAAUAAAUUUUAUACUAAUUAUAUAGGAAAAAAUAAGCAUUAUAAUAAUAAAAUAAAAGAUAAUGAUCUAACUUAUAAAGACAUUAUAGAUAAAAAAAAAGAUUUGAUGGAUAUGAAUAUUAAUGAAAUAUCUAAAUUUUAUGAAGUAUUAAAAACCUUAUGUAACAUAUAUAGUGAGUGUAAUAAAAGUGAGUUAGAUUGCAAAAAAUGUUCGCAAAAAGCUAAUGAAUUUGUUCAAAAAUUUAAAGAACUCAAUAAAGAUUCUAAGAAUAUAGAAAACAGUUCAUAUAAUAAAAUGUUAUCUAUAUUAUCAGAUGAUUAUAACAAUUUAAUAAAUACAUAUUAUAAUGAUAAAUCUUGCGAUUUUUCAUCUAUUCCAAAAAUAAAACCUGAAAAAAAUUCUGAACAAGAUGAUGCAGAAAUUUUUGUAGCUACAUCAAGUUCGUCGAUAUUAAACACAGUAAUUCCAGGUUUAUCGACAUUUUCUGUAAUACCUGUUUUCUUGGGAGUUGCUUAUAAGACAAUAUAUAAGAAAACAAUUAAAAAAAGUAAAGAAGAAAAUGAAACUUAA